ACUCCGGUUGUGGGCGGGACCAGACGGUACCUAGGGGGAUCCGGGAGCAGCCAAUCCUGGCCCGAGGAUUGUGUUGGGGGGCUUGGCAGGGGGUGUCCCGACCCCCCUUUCUGGGCAUCCUGGGGAUGACCCCAGCGCCGGGCCCGGCGCCGGCCGCCUGAUGCCAGGCGAGCUGAGCUGGGGAUGCUGGAACGAAGGGCGUUGCUAUGGCAACGGGAGGCAGGGCCUGGUGGGGGGGACCGGGCCUGGGCUGGGACCGGGGGGGCCGGCGGUGGCUGUGGUGGGGCGAUGGCGGAGCGCGGCCCGGCCUUCUGCGGCCUGUACGACACGUCCUCGCUGCUGCAAUACUGCAACGAUGACAAUUUGUCGGGCACGAGCGGUAUGGAAGUGGACGACCGCGUGUCGGCGCUGGAGCAGCGGCUGCAGUUACAGGAAGACGAGCUGGCGGUCCUAAAGGCGGCGCUGGCGGAUGCUCUGCGUCGCCUGCGGGCGUGCGAAGAACAGGGAGCAGCGCUACGCGCGCGGGGCACCCCCAAGGGCCGGGCGCCUCCGCGCUUAGGCACCACUGCCUCGGUGUGUCAGCUCUUGAAAGGCCUUCCCACCAGGACGCCCCUUAAUGGCUCGGGACCCCCGCGGCGCGUGGGUGGCUAUGCCACGUCCCCAUCCUCUCCCAAGAAGGAGGCGACCUUCGGGCGCAGUGUCCGCCGCUACUUGUCACCAGAGCGUCUCGCCUUGGUGCGCCGCGAGGACCCCCGCAGCCGGACCACAUCCUCCAGCAGCAACUGUAGCGCCAAAAAGGAAGGCAAAACCAAAGAAGUUAUCUUCAGUGUGGAGGAUGGCUCCGUGAAAAUGUUCCUGAGGGGCCGCCCUGUGCCCAUGAUGAUCCCAGAUGAGCUGGCACCCACCUACAGCCUGGACACACGCUCGGAGCUGCCUUCUUGCCGGCUCAAGCUGGACUGGGUCUAUGGCUACCGUGGCCGAGACUGCCGGGCCAACCUUUAUUUGCUCCCCACCGGGGAGAUAGUGUACUUUGUGGCCUCCGUGGCCGUGCUAUACAGCGUGGAGGAGCAGAGGCAGCGACACUACCUGGGACACAACGAUGACAUCAAAUGCUUGGCCAUCCACCCAGAUAUGGUCACCAUCGCCACGGGACAGGUGGCGGGCACCACUAAGGAAGGGAAGCCGCUGCCGCCCCACGUGCGCAUCUGGGACUCAGUUUCCCUCUCCACCUUACACGUGCUGGGCUUGGGGGUGUUUGACAGAGCCGUGUGCUGUGUGGGCUUCUCCAAAUCUAAUGGGGGCAACCUGUUGUGUGCAGUGGACGAAUCCAAUGAUCACAUGCUCUCGGUGUGGGACUGGGCCAAGGAGACCAAGGUGGUGGAUGUCAAGUGCUCCAAUGAGGCUGUAUUGGUGGCCACCUUCCACCCCACGGACCCCACUGUGCUUAUCACCUGCGGGAAAUCUCACAUCUACUUCUGGACCUUGGAGGGGGGCAGCUUGAGCAAGCGGCAAGGCCUCUUUGAGAAACAUGAGAAACCGAAGUAUGUGCUGUGUGUGACCUUUUUGGAAGGUGGCGACGUGGUCACGGGGGACUCUGGGGGGAACCUCUAUGUUUGGGGCAAAGGUGGGAACCGUAUCACACAGGCGGUGGUGGGCGCCCACGACGGCGGCGUGUUUGGGCUCUGCGCCCUGCGGGACGGGACGCUGGUGUCUGGAGGGGGCCGUGAUCGGCGGGUGGUCCUCUGGGGUUCUGACUACAGCAAGCUGCAGGAAGUGGAGGUCCCUGAGGACUUUGGCCCCGUGCGCACCGUGGCAGAGGGCCACGGAGACACACUGUACGUGGGGACCACCCGCAAUUCCAUCCUGCAGGGCUCCGUGCACACAGGCUUCUCGCUGCUGGUCCAGGGCCACGUGGAAGAGCUGUGGGGCCUGGCCACACACCCCAGUCGGGCCCAGUUUGUGACCUGCGGGCAGGAUAAGCUGGUGCAUCUGUGGAGCUCAGAUUCCCACCAGCCCCUGUGGAGCAGGAUCAUCGAGGACCCUGCCCGCUCAGCUGGUUUCCACCCCAGUGGCUCUGUCCUGGCUGUGGGUACAGUGACUGGCAGAUGGCUGCUGCUGGACACGGAGACCCAUGACCUCGUGGCUAUCCACACAGACGGCAAUGAACAGAUCUCAGUGGUCAGCUUCUCCCCAGACGGGGCGUACCUGGCCGUGGGCUCCCACGACAACUUGGUGUACGUGUACACGGUGGACCAGGGCGGCCGCAAGGUCAGCCGCCUGGGCAAGUGCUCGGGCCAUUCCAGUUUUAUCACCCACCUGGAUUGGGCCCAGGACAGCAGCUGCUUUGUCACCAACUCCGGGGACUAUGAGAUUCUGUACUGGGACCCGGCUACCUGUAAGCAGAUCACCAGUGCGGAUGCUGUGAGGAACAUGGAAUGGGCCACAGCUACUUGUGUCCUGGGGUUUGGGGUGUUUGGGAUCUGGUCUGAGGGGGCGGACGGCACUGAUAUCAACGCUGUGGCCCGCUCCCAUGAUGGGAAGUUGCUGGCUUCAGCUGAUGACUUUGGCAAAGUUCACCUGUUUAGCUACCCCUGCUGUCAGCCUCGAGCCCUCAGCCACAAGUACGGUGGACACAGCAGCCAUGUGACAAAUGUGGCCUUCUUGUGGGAUGACAGCAUGGCCCUGACCACAGGGGGCAAGGACACCAGUGUGCUACAGUGGCGGGUGGUCUGAUGCGUCCAGGGAAGAUUCAGGUGUCAGGGCAGGAAUUCUAUUUUCGGGAGAUGUCUAUUGCCGAGUAGAGUAAUAUAUACCCAGAGUAUGUCUAUAGCAGAGGGGGUUAUGGGGGCGGGAGGGUAGACUGACCAACAGAAGUCUCUAUUUAUCCGGGUGGGAAGAGGGAGUCACAUCACUUUGGGGAUCCACUGGUGUUUGGUUUGGGGUGUUUUUUAAGUUUUUUCUUUUAUAUCAUCCAGAAAUAAAGACACGUACACUAA